CAUAUUUUGUAUAAAUAGACCAGAAAUUGUUGAAUGAUCAGAUGAGCUAUCACAUCAAGAUGAAGACUGCUGUUGUUGUUCUCGCUGUUCUAGCUGUGGUUCUCUGUGCCAGCACCUCGACCUCCGCAGAGUGCAACUGUCCCAUGAUCUAUCUGCCGAAAUGUGGAACUGACUUAAAGGUCUAUGGCAACGAAUGUCAGCUCAAUUGUGCUGGAGUGAGCGAGUAUGCUGGGACAUACAGCAUCACCGGUAACAGCUGCACCACCAACUGAGCGUACACGGCGUCUCCUACAGAAUCGUCAAACAGUGGAUGUAGAUUUCUUGUGAACGAAAUAAAUCCUAUUGCAACA